UCUUUCCUUCACAUUUUUGCCAAGUCAAAAUCGACGUCAGGUUGAUUUUGCCGUUUUAUUCAUGUAAAAUGCUACAGUGUCACUUAUAAUCGUGGCGUAUGAUCAGUUAGCUUUGGUUGUUCACAACUGAUCGUGUGAUUGUAAAACCCGUCUGGAUCAUGUUGACACGGGUUACAGACCACUUGAUGUUUAAUGAGUUCAGAAAGUGAGGUUGGACUGACCACAGGGAGCCUGGGUCAAGCGGUGGUGACCACUGGUCAGCAACUGUUGGUCAUGGACGCCUCCCUUCCAGAGAACUAUAUCCACGUGCUAUCCCCUCAGAUGGGGAUACCGAUGGUGGCAGGUUCAACAACAAGUGGCACGUUGGGGCAGACAAUUCAGGCCCUCACCCUGGCCCCAGGAAGCUUUGCCCUGCCUGUCUCAUUAGCUGUCUCGUCCGGUGGGUCCAAUGGGGGCUCCAUAGUGGUGACACAGGAACUGGCCAAUAAGCUGAAACAUGACCUUGCAGGCACCCAGAUCAUACAGGUGCCAGCGGGGAGCAUUGACUGGGCCGCCAAAUUGAAGGAAUUACAACAACAUCAGACUUUAGUUCUUCCAAAGGACCUUGCGAUGGCAGACCAACACGCCAACAGACUAGAGAGACUGAGGGAGGAGAGGGAGAAGAUUAUGGCGGGCACUCAGAAACAGCAGUUUGAGAUCAAGUUUGAGCCUUGCCUUGUAUGCGGGGACAGGGCUUCUGGUCGUCAUUAUGGGGUAAUAAGUUGCGAAGGAUGUAAGGGUUUCUUCAAGCGAAGUAUUCGAAAGCAGCUGGGGUAUGCCUGUCGUGGGAACAAGGACUGCUCAGUGACCAAGCCAAACAGAAACCGAUGUCAGUACUGCCGUCUUCAGAAGUGUCUGAGUAUAGGAAUGAGGUCUGAAUCCGUGCAGCAAGAAAGGAAACCCACAGAAAAGGAGAAAAUGUCCACCACAAUGGUCUCAACAGCCUCUGAAAAAAUAUACAUCCGUAAAGAUCUGCAAAGCCCCUCAACAGCAGUGCCAAUGUUUGGGAACCAUGAUGAUGUGGUAGGGGCCUUACAGUGUUAUACUGAUGAAGUGUACAUUCACAUGGGUGGUGAGUUGAGUUCCCAGGGCAACCUGCUGGCCAAUCUUCAAGAGCGUUUGGUGCAGACUGACCAUGGACCCGUGAUGUUGUCAGCCCCCACAUCAUCCAAUACAGAUCUGAGUACUCUGGCCAACGUGGUUACAACCCUGGCAUUGAUGGGCAAACAAGAUGGCGACCAGCCGGUCUCUAAUGGCGACCCUUCGGACGUCAAUCAGUCAGUGGCAAAGGCCUUCGACACACUCGCUAAAGCUAUACAGCCGCAGACAAAUUCCAGUCAGGAUGACAGUAUGACUGAUUCAGAGUACGAGAAAUUCCAUGAUGAGUCAAGUAUUGACAUUGAUGGUCCACUUCUGACGCGGCAGAAUUUUGUGUUCACACUGACCACCCCCUCUCCCAUGCCCGCCUACCUGAACGUCCACUACAUCUGUGAGAGCGCCUCAAGACUCCUGUUCCUGUCCAUGCACUGGACUCGCUCAAUAGCUGCGUUCAACAUACUGCCGUCGGAUGUUCAGACUUGUCUGGUGCGUAGCUGCUGGAGUGGAUUGUUCACGCUUGGCCUGGCACAGCAUGCCGAGACCAUGGCCCUCUCCACCAUGCUUAUGGCCAUCCUGAAUCAUCUCCAAUCAUCCAUGGAGGCUGACAAGACAGGUGGCGAGAAGGCCAAGACGGUGAUAGAUCACAUCCUGAAGUUGCAAUCCUACAUACAGAAGAUGCAGGUCCUACAGGUAGACAAUCAGGAGUACGCCUACCUCAAGGCUCUUCUGCUCUUCUCACCCGACAACCCGGCACUACCCAACGUUGGCCAGAUAGAGAGGUUUCAGGAGCGAAUACAGGAAGAGUUCCAGCAAUAUCUGCAGGAGUCCCUGCCUGAUAACGCAGACCGACUGUCUAAACUUCUCCUGCGAUUACCUCCCCUGCAGGCUCUUCAAGCCAACAUAAUGGAGGAGCUAUUCUUUGCUGGACUGAUAGGCAAUGUGCAGAUCGACAGUAUUAUUCCAUACAUUUUACGUAUGGAGACUGCGGAGUACAAUACGCAGAUGGCUGGUCAUGGUUUGCAGACGACACUUGGUUUUCCAGUGACAUCUGACGCUGAAGUUUUGAGUUCUCAAGCAGAAAAAACAUCCGAAAGUUCCUUUCUUCUCAAUCCACAGAUAAUUGUGACACAAGCAAACUUGAGUACGGAAAUAAUGAACAGCUGAUUUCUUUGAAAACAGUCACUUCAUUGUUUUCUGUGUCCUUGAACACAGGUGUCACACACUGUGUAGAUAAUAAUCAAAUCAGCUGAUUUACUACAUUUUACAGAAAUAAAAGUGACAUUUUUAGCUCACCUGUCACAAAGUGACAUGGUGAGCUUAUUUGACCGUGUGAUGUCCGGCGUCCGUAUGUGCGUGCGUGCGUGUGUGUGUCCCUCAACAAUUUGCUUGUGUAGACAGUAGAGGUCACAGUUUUCAUCCAAUCUUUAUGAAAUUUGGUCAGAAUGUUUAUCUUGAUGAAAUCUGAGUUGGGAUUGUAUUUAGGUCAUCUGGGGUCAAAAACUAGGUCAAAAACUAGGUCAAAUAAUAGAAAAACUUUGUGUAGACAAUAGAGGUCGCAGUUUUCAUCCAAUCUUUAUGAAAUUUGGUCAGAAUCUUUAUCUUGAUGAAAUCUGGGUUGGGAUUGUAUUUGGGUCAUCUGGGGUCAAAAACUAGGUCACUAGGUCAAAAACUAGGUCAAAUAAUAGAAAAGCCUUGUGCAGACAAAAGAGGUUGCAGUUUUCAUCCAAUCUUUAUGAAAUUUGGUGAGAUUGUUUAUCUUGAUGAAAUCUGCGUUGGGAUUAUAUUUGGGUCAUCUGAGGUCUAAAACUAUGUCACUAGGUCAAAUAAUAGAAAAACCGUCAACAAUUUGUUUGUGUAGACAGUAGAUGUCACAGUUUUCAUCCAAUCUUUAUGAAAUUUGGUCAGAAUGUUUAUCUUGAUAAAAUCUGGGUUGGGAUUGUAUUUGGUUAGUCAGGUGAGCGAUUCAGGGCCAUCAUGGCCCUCUUGUUUUUAAAUUAUUGUCAAGAGCCUGAUAUGUUUAUCCUUUUGAGAAAUUGUGAUUGCAAUAAAAAGUAAGCAUGAUUUAACAAAUGUUCAACGGUGUGAUAAGCAAAAUCUAAAACCAUUAAUUGCUUAAUGUAAAAAUAUUCAUGAAUCCGUCUCUGUGGAAUCCGGGUUAAUUGCAUGUGUUGAAAGUAUCAUUAUGUAAAGUUAGGCUGAUCAGGGAAGAAAAUUUCUGGUUUUAUGAAUUUUUUGUUUCAUGGAAGUCUGUUUUAAACAAAUUUACAGUCUAUGCGGAAAAUGUGGCUUAUUUGGGACAAUACUUAAUGCUCAUGCAGUCCCUUUUUCCCAGACACUGGCUCAUUUGUAUUUGUUAAAAUCAUUUUCAAAAAAAUAAGCUGAAAGUUGCCUUCAAUUUAUGAUUGUAUUACUCAUUGCUCACUCAAGCAUCAUUGUUGCUGUUAUAAACAUUUUUUGACAGAAGAUAAUAUUUUAGCCUUUUGAUUUUCUAAACAGCACAACUGAUCUCAUCUCAGUAUUUUUAGCUGUAGUUCACUUGAUAUAAACACACAAACUCCUCAGCAGAUGAUAUAAAAACGCUGUAUUAUGUUGUUCAAGUUUUGUGUUUUUGUGCAAUGCAAGUUUGUUGUUGUUUUUGUGCAUGUACUUUGUAUCCAGAUUGGUAAGAAUUCAGUUAUGCUCAAUUUUUCUCUGAAAAAUAUAUUAUGGAACAGUAUUAAGCAAAGUACAACAUUUCAAUUAAGUCGUUGGCUAUUGUCAAUCUUAUAUUUUAUCUACAUUUUCUUAUAAUGUAAUUGUCCCUCUGUCCUUCAAUGCAGUCUGUCUCUCCUGCUUGUACAUGGAAUCAUGAGGAUGUGCACCUAGUACUGGUUCUCAAAUCUCCUUGGAAUGAUGAGGAUGUGCACCUAGUACUGGUAACUCAUCUCUCCAUGGAAAUAUGAGGAUGUGCACUUAGUACUGGUAACUCAUAUCUCCAUGGAAAUAUGAGGAUGUGCACUUAGUACUGGUAACUCAUCUCUCCAUGGAAAUAUGAGGAUGUGCAC